AUGCCUGACAUUGCUGUGGAGGAUGUCCCUUUACCUGAUUCUCCUACUGUCCAGGAAGAGGACCUUACUCAUGCUUUUCCAGGUGGACCGACUGAUCCAUCAAUACUGCGGAGUUUCAAUAGUCAUGUCGUUGCAGCUUUUCUAAUGAGAUAUUCAUUUGUUUUAGAAGAACGAGGGCUCCUAAAGUGUUAUAAUCACUCUUUGAAGAUCCUUGCAUGGCUAUGGUGGUCAAUAGACAACAACACCAGAUUCAAAGCCAUUAUUAAGCUGUUUGGGUUGUCACAGUUAGCUCGUUACACUUAUCGGUUUGUUAACAAGCUUCUAAUCUCCAGUUUUGUUGAGAGAGGGCAACCUGAGACGAACACAUUUCAUAUGAUAGUUGGUGAGAUGACCUUGACCUUGGAUGAUGUUGGCACUAUUCUUAGCCUUCUCAUUUUAAAUAGAUCAGUUCGCGUACUAGAUGUGACGGAUCUUCAUGGAGUUACACUACUGGUUUUUGGCUUGGGGAUUACUGAACGUGUAGCACAUAACGAGGUUUCUACUGCUGGUGGGAAUUCAGUCAGGCUUGAGUGUGACAAGAGUGGCGGUAGGGUUCCUGUUGUUUACCUUGACUUAUUGAUGGAUUUGGGAUCCAUUCAUACUUACGCUUGGGGUGUUGCUGCAUUAGCAUUUUUAUAUAGACAAUUGGGGUAUGUUAGCCAAUUCGGUGUUAAGCAGAUGGGUAGUUAUAUGUCUUUUUUGGAGGCGUGGAUUUAUGAGCACUUCCGAGCAUUCCGACCUCUCCAGAACAUUGGCUACAAUGAAAACAUGUCACACGUGCACCAGUGGACAUCUAGGAAAGAGGCGGGUUCCUCCAUUGAUCAUUUCAAAUCUUUUCAAGCGGAGCUUGACAGUUUGGUAGCAACUGAUUGUAUUGCACAUGCACUUAGGAUUGCACAUCCUAUCAUUCAGGUUGGUUAUGAGGACAGGAUUCGACAUCCUUAUCGACUUUACAAGGCUAUCGAGGCUAUGGAGCAUGUCCUUGAAACUCAGCACAUUGACGAAGCUAGACCUAGUUUUGCUGGACCUAGUUGUACUGGAGGUCGCUUUUCAUCUCUGACAUUGACAUACAGUCGUAGGCCUAAUCAUAGGCAUAUAGCUAAUUCGUGA